AAGUGGUACUCUGCGCCCGUCACGGCCAGGCUCAGCGAGACCAGGGGCAAGGCUGUGCUCCUGCGCCGGUACUAUGGCGACCCCGAGGUUGCGCCCACCGAGAGGAUGGGCCUCGACCUGGAGGAGUGGCUCGACGACAACCCCGACUUCACCAUCGAGACCCCCACCGGCGUCAAGGUCCACCUGCAGGACAAGUGGAAAUACGCCACGCGCUGCGAGCUGGACGAUCUCGUGGCCUCCAAGCAGACCUUUGUGCAGAAGAUGAUGGCCAAGGCCGACGGCACCGGCACUGGCCCAGACGCUGACGACCCAGACCAGACGUGGUAUAUCAAUUUCUGCUCGGCGGUUGGUGAUCCGGUCGAGCACGGCGAGGUCGCAGAGGCCAAGUGGAUCGCCGUCGGUGCCCACAGCGACAUGCACUUCUUUGGCAAAUGGGUCGAGGGCAUGAAUGUCAGGACCAGAGACUAUCUGCGCAGUCUAGGAAAUGGGAAAAAGAGGUUGGGCGUGGUGAACCUGGACUAUCCAGAGUUGCCUGAGGAUAGUGAUCUUGUCGCCAGGCUGAUCGAGACCAACUUCUAG